GUGGAUAAUUUUGCACAAUAUAAAUGCGGAUCUACCGCAAUAUUCAUGAAAAAUGACUCGGCAUAAUCUGCGCGUAAGCUGAGGAAGGCUGCUGCUAAACCAGCUUAUUGCAUUUCUUAGACCUAAUCAUAGCUGUCAAGGUGGAUGACUGAACAGGGUCAUAACGCUGUCGAAAGGCUAGUUAACAAAGAGGCAGGUCUGUAUCAACCGCGUACUCGCAAGAUGUGGGAAGGCGUGAACUCCAGCGAACUUGAGAUGUACGGUAUUGCUGCUCUGACAGCUAUCGGUGUUGCCCUGCUUAGGAAGUGGCUGGCCGGUGGCGUGUGCCGCAGCAAGAGUCUUCUCCAUGGGAAAACCGUACUGAUCACUGGGGCCAACACGGGCAUUGGCAAGGAAACAGCAAGAGACCUGGCAGGCAGAGGGGCUCGCGUGAUAAUGGCUUGCCGGGACCUGAGCCGAGCAGAGAGAGCAGCGGAUGAGAUCCGGCGGUCUACUGGGAACAGGGACGUGGUGGUGCAGCAUCUGGACCUGGCGUCGCUCUCCUCUGUGCGCCAGUUUGCCAAGCGCUACACCCGCAGCGAGGAGCGGCUCGACGUCCUCAUCAACAAUGCCGGAGUGAUGAUGUGCCCCAAGUCUCUAACAGAGGAUGGAUUUGAGACUCAACUGGCAGUCAAUCACUUAGGUCAUUUCCUGCUGACCACGCUGCUCCUGGAGAAGCUGAAGAGCUGCGUACCCAGUCGUGUCGUUACCGUGAGCAGCAUGACCCACAAAGGCGGGAAAAUCCACUUUGAGGACAUUAACUUCAAUGAGACACCAUACAACCCCUUGACCAGCUACAGACAGAGCAAGUUGGCCAACAUCCUCUUUGCCAGGGAGUUGGCCCGCAGGGUUAAAGGGAGUGGCGUGUCAUCGUUCUCCCUGCACCCCGGUGUGAUUCGCACGGAGCUGGGUCGCCACGUGGGGAGCAGGCGCCCCCUGCUGUACUGCUUGCUGUACCUCCCAGCCGUGCUCCUGCUGAAGACCCCCAGAGAGGGCGCCCAGACCUCCGUCUACUGCGCCGUGGCUGAAGACCUGGAGAAAAAGUCCGGCUGUUAUUUUAGUGACUGUACGGUAAAGGAGCCAGCCCCAGAAGGAAAGGAUGACCUCGUAGCUCUGAAACUCUGGGAGCUGAGUACCCAACUUGUAGGGUACGCGAAGGACAAGUGACCACCCCCAGGACCUCGUCUGUCCUCCCAACCUGCAGGGGGCACCCUUCGACUUCUUCAUCAGUCAGAUGUCACUGCUCUUCCUGCGCAUCAGUCUCAAGGAAUUUCUUAGCACCCCGAUGGACUAGCUUAAAUCUUUCAAACAACAGCUGGUCACAAACGAAUAAGCACAUUUCCAGUAACCUUCUGUGUUAUAUAUACUGUAUAUAUGCUGCGGGAGACUUUGCUAAUAUAGCAUGCAAAGUAAAGCUAGCAAAACGUGCACCUGUGGACCAAUGACACAGAGAAACAAACCAGGGUGCCAGGGCCUGUCUCAGCCUAAGUAUGGGACACGAUGACGUCUUCAAUCUGUGGAUUUAUCUGUGCAUUACAUCUGUUUUCCUACAUGCUUUGAUUGAGGUCGUAGACUUUAGAGUCUCAGUUUUACGUUUAAAAACAUUCU